CACAUUUGUGUGAGGGGUAGGUUUAUGGUAAGAGACAAUAUAAAAACCAUUACGGCUAUGGAAUGAAACCAUAAAAAGAUGCAAACCUGAAUGAGUGUGUGUACUUGUUUAACUACACUUGUGAUGGCCAAAUGUCCUCACUGUGCAACCUGCUUUACAGACUUAAAGACACACCUGUUUUACACACGUCACUCAAACACAGAACCAGGAAACAGGAAUCACAUGACUUCAGGGAAACAGAAACUGAAGUGUAGUUGAGCUGUCGUGUGUUUGUGUCUCUGUAUUCUUGCAGUAAAAUGGAAGAAGCCAAAAUUUCAGUGAAUCAGAAUGAGUUCAUGUGUUCAGUGUGUCUGGAUCUCCUGAAGGAUCCAGUGACCAUCCAGUGUGGACACAGUUACUGUAAGAGCUGUAUUACAGACUGCUGGGAUCAGGAGGAUCAGAAGAGAGUUUACAGCUGUCCUCAGUGCAGACAGACCUUCAGUCCAAGACCUGCUUUAGCUAGAAACACCAUGCUGGCUGAAGUGGUGGAGAAACUGAGGAAGACCAAACUUUCUGCUGACUGUGACACUGGAGCUGCAGAUGUUCAGUGUGAUGUCUGUACUGGAAGAAAAUACAAAGCUGUCAAGUCCUGUCUGGUGUGUGUGAACUCUUACUGUCAGAAUCACCUCGAACAACACGAGAGUUUGUUUAAAGGAAAGAGACACAAUUUGACUGAAGCCACUGGACGACUGCAGGAGAUGAUCUGCCAGAAACAUGAGAAGCUUCUUGAGAUCUUCUGUCGCACUGAUCAGAAAUGUAUAUGUGUGCUGUGUAUAGAUGGACAUAAAAACCAUGAGACUGUUUCAGCUGCAGCACAGAGGACAGAGAAACAGAAGCAGCUGAAGGAGACUCAGAAGACGCUCCAGCAGAGAAUCCAGCAGAGAGAGAAAGAUCUCCAGCAGCUGAGAGAGACUCAUAAAUCUCAGAAGCGCUCUGCACAGACAGCAGUGAAGGACAGUGAGAGGAUCUUUACUGAGCUCAUCCGCUCCAUUGAGAGAAGCCGCUCUGAGCUGAUACGACUGAUCCGAGAUCAGGAAAAGACUGCAGUGAGUCGAGCUGAAGAACGACUGGAGCGACUGGAGCAGGAGAUCAAUGAUCUGAGGAGGAGAGACGCUGAGCUGGAGCAGCUUUCACACACACAGGAUCAUAUCCAGUUCCUGCAGAGUUUCCAGUCUCUCUCAGCACCUCCUGAAUCUACAGAAGGAAAUUAUGAUCUCUUCAGGUCUCACUUCUCUUCUGAUGUCCUGAGAGAAUCUGUCCAUCAGCUGAGAGACAAACUGGAGGAUUUCUUCAAAGAGGAGCUCAAGAAGAUCUCAGACAGAGACACAUUCACCAACAUGGAUCCCAGAACCAGGGACGACUUCCUACAAUAUUCCCAUCAGUUCACUCUGGAUCCAAACACAGUGAAUAAACUCCUCCGUCUGUCUGAGAACAACAGAGUGAUUACUGGCACUAACACAGAGCAGUCAUAUCCUGAUCAUCCAGACAGAUUUGAUGUUCUGGAGCAGGUGUUGUGUAGAGAGAGUGUGUGUGGACGCUGUUACUGGGAGAUUGAGUGGAGUGGAGAUUAUGGUGUGGAUAUAUCAGUGUCAUAUAAGAGCAUCAGCAGGAAGGGACGGGGUGAUGAGUGUGGAUUUGGAUAUAAUGAUCAGUCCUGGAGUUUGGACUGCUCUCCCUCCAGUUACUCAUUUGGACACAUCAUAUGGACUGAUCUCCCUGUAAAGUCCAUCAGCAGGAGAAUAGGAGUGUUUGUGGAUCACAGUGCAGGAACUCUGUCCUUCUUCAGCGUCUCUGACAAAAUUAGCCUCAUCCACACAGUCCAGACCACAUUCACUCAGCCGCUCUAUCCUGGGUUUAAUGUUUGGUCUGGAUCAUCAGUGAAACUGUGUUGAUGAAUCAGAACAGAUUGACAAGAGAUUCUACCCAUAUGAUCAUACCCAUUUGAGCUGAAUGAUGAAUCAGUAACAGUGAGAUGUUAUAGAGUCUCUUCUUUUCUCUUCAUGAUAUUAAUAUUGCAGCUGAACUUCUGUCAGUGAAAUAACAUGUCAGAAUAAAUGUGUGUAAAUCCACAUAUAUACCGUAAGAUCAGUGUGUGUGUGUGAGCAGGGGUUACAUUGUGAUUUGAUAUGUAUGUGGGGGGGGGCUCUAUGGUGCUGGGCUUUUUCAUACAUACAUACAUAUAUUGGCUAUUGCAAAUAUGAUUUAUUCUGAAGUAAUACUCUCGUCAGUUUUCUAUCAGCUAUGAUGUAUAAAUCUGCAUUUUAUAU